GACUCACAGCAGGAUCUUUUUGGUUUGCAGCGUGAUGAAUUUUCAGAUGUGGCUGAUGAUUCUUUUCUUCAUGUGCAUGGUUUUGCAGGCUCUGAUGCUGAGGGCAGUCUUGAUUUGCCGCUUGACCCUGAACAGAACCUGGAACAGGGCUCAACUUUGUCGGAGGGCUCCCAGAAACGCUUCCUGGAGCCCAGACCGAAGUCCAGACCUCAGAGCCUUGUGAGUGGAGUCACACGCAGCCUUGGAGUGAAGCGCACUGCAGAUGAGUUCGCAUCCAUGAAGGCAUUGCGCUUCUCAAAUGCCCUGCUUGGUUUUUGCAAGACCAGCCUUGAUGACAUGCUCAGUGCACGUGUUGUGGGGGCCUCACAUGCCAUAUAUCUUACAAAGAGGGUGCGCCGGCCAGCAGAGGUGCUCACUGUCUCUGAAGUUCAACAGCUGGAAUCCAUUUGUUUGCAAGAUGAGUUGCUGCAUCACCGUGUCAUUGCUGGUCAUUUUCUCUUUUGCCUGAUGGCUGCUGCAAGGUGGCAUGACUCAAUGCAUGUUGUUUCCAUGGAACUGUCGAAGGCAGACCACCUUUGCUUGUUGGAGGCGGCAACGUCGAAGCACAAGUCGUCCCGCACCAAGGAACAACAAAGGGAGCUGCUGCCUUUCACGGCACUGGGACAGACCCUGGCUGGUGAAAACUGGGCAGAUUCAUGGUUAAGUGCAAGAGAGGAUUCAGGCAGCUUUGCAUGGUGCCACUUUUUGUGUUCCUGGUCCGAACAUCAAGGCGAUUGGGCAGACACAAAGAUGUCAACUGCUGAGGCCACAUUCUGGCUGAGGGAAUUGCUGGAGCCCGUGGUCGGGCCUGACCGGUCGGCGGUGCUGACUGUGCACGGCUUGAAGGCCACGAUGUUGAGCUGGGCAGCUAAGAGCAUGUUAUUCACCCCGGAGGAGCAAUUGGCGCUUGGACACCAUGUGAGCUCUCACUACAAGUCUGCGCUGAUCUACUCCCGUGACAAUCAGAUCGGCCUUUGCAAAAAGAUUCAUGACAUGAUGGACAAGAUCAAGGCAGGUACUUUCAACCCUGAUGGCAGCCGUGUUCAAAGGUUGCUGCAGCUUACGAUGGCCAGGGCUCAAGAAUUGCAGUCGGAUGAUGACAGUGACACCUCAUCCACCUCUACUGAUGCUUCAAGUGUGGCCUCAUCAGAGGGCGAGCACCGCGAGCAGGAACCGUCCUCUUUUAGACGGUUGGAUGCAGCAGAUAUUGACCGAGAUCACUGCUUCAUCAACACACGAUCCAGGGUCGUUCACUUGCAGCUUCUGGGACAACAGAAAUUUUGGUGUGGAAGAUGUGCCUCCUCAUCAUUCAGGAAGGCAUCCAUGGAUGAUUUGGCCAAUGCGGAGACUGUGAUUUGUGCCAGACCAUUCAACAAGAACCCGAUGCCUAACAUGUUUCAUUUGCAUGUGGCAGAGGCAUUCUUACGUAGGAACCUUGCCUACGACCUGGCUGGAAUUGGAACCUUUUCAGUGAUGGAUUUGUGGACGCAGAAGCUUUUUGAAAAGAUGAAUGAGGCCCCUUUGGCAAAUUACCGCAGUAUUUCAGCUGAGCAGAUUCUCAGCGCUGACAAGGCUCUUUGGGUAAAGCUGUCAAACGAAACCAGGGGACAGCUUCAGCCCAAAACGGGAGAUCCAAAGGCAUUUGACGAGCAGUUGAAUUUCACCCCUACACAUUUUGUGGAGGAUGCAGUUUUCACCUUGCAACCAGCUGAAUACCCUCCACUGCUAUGCAACCGCAUGGCUGAAUGUGUGCGAAAGUCGGCCGAACAAAUGGUGGUAUUCCCAAGCCUUCAACCACGCUUGAAGGAGCUGCUCAACCUCAGCUUGGGGCAUCAGCCCUUGCGGCACGAGCCGUUGAUUCCAGAGUAUGCAACGGUUUUUCACACAGACGCCCCCAUUCAGCAUGAAUCACAUAAGCUCCUGUCAGCUCCUUUUUCACAGGGGCACCAUAGCACUGAGCAGCCAGAAGAGACACAGGCACCACAGGAACACGAGCCAAAGAGACCGCGAAAGGAGUUUAAAUAUGGGGUGUGGCAUACACCUGAACAGUUCUUGACUAGAGCUGAAGCUGUCGCUCACCCCAUGGAUGAUGAAUCCUUUCUGCAUGUGGCUACAAAGGAUGCUAUUAAGAAGGUGGUUGGAACCGACCUACUGAUACUUGCAACAGAGCGCUUGGCCACUGUUUUCAACCUGCGCAAAUUGACAAACGAACUGAAGUGCCAAGAGUUGGCCCUCAAGGACACAAUGCACCCAGAUGUCAAGCGAUGCACAGUGACCAAGAACAUCCUCCUUUUUGAACACGUCCUCAAGCAGCUUGACUUCUGGGAUUUGGAAGUUGUUUCCCUGUUGAAGCAGGGAAUUCCUUUGGUUGGGUUGCAAGCUGCGCCUAAGGGAUACAGAGAGCAGCUGGUGCCAGCGUCCAUCACAGAGGAUGAGUUGCUACAAUCAUCAGCUUGGAGGCGGAAGUCGCUGAUGUGCCAAUCCAAGCGCUUCAAACCGGAGGAGGAAGCCGCUCCCCUUAAAACUACAGCUGAAGAAGUGGCAAAGGGCUUUUUGGAAGGGCCAUAUUCAGAGCAGGAAAUCUCCGUUUUGUUGGAAACUGAGGACUGGUCCCUCAGCCCGCGUUUCGUCCUUUUCCAGGGCACUGGUGGCAAGAUCAGGGUGAUCGAUGAUGCAAAAAAGAGUGCGGUCAAUGCAGCUUACAGUUCCACGGUUAAAUUGCAACUCCAGGACGUGGACUAUGCAGCUAACAUGGUUCUGUUUUUGAUGUCAGAAGCGGCGGCAGCCGGUGUGUCUGGAGAUGAAUGGAUGGGCAAGACCUUUGACCUCAGCAAGGCUUACAAACAACUUGCCAUUCUUCCUGCUCACCAACAACAUGCGGUGGUAGGAUUUCCUGUGAGUGGCACCUGGAGAUUCUAUCGAAGUAUCUCCCUGCCCUUUGGUUGCACUGGAAGCGUGUACGGCUUCGUGAGGGUGUCUCAAGCCAUAUGGUACAUAGUGACUAAGCUGCUGUCUGCGAUAUCAAGUCACUAUUUCGAUGACUUCCCCACUUUGGAAAGAGCCCCGGGCUGCAGGGUUCUUUCUCUUGCGUUCAGCGCAGUGCUGGACAUGCUGGGGUGGGAACACGCCAAAGAAGGCGAUAAAGCGUUGAACUUUGCUGGUGCCUUCGACUUGCUGGGCGUGAACUUCAACCUUGCUUUGACUCCCAAAGGGAUUUUGCAGGUCACCAACAAAACUACGAGAAUUGAGAAACUCUGUGCUCUUUUGGACAAAGUCGAGAGUGAAGGAGAGAUCACUAUAGCACAGGCCAGCGAGUUGCAGGGCCUCCUGAACUUUGCCAUAGGUUUCUUUUCAGGGAAAGCCUUGAAACACUUAGUGGCAGCCUUCAUGCCACACGCUGACCGCGUUGGCCCCUCAAAGGCUGGGGAGCUCCAAGACCUCUGUGCGUAUGCUAAAUCAAUGCUGACUUCCUUGGGCCCGAGAACUCACUCAACUACAGGUGAAAGAAGGCCCAUACUUUUGUUCACGGACGGCGCUUGGGAGAAUGGUCAGGCAUCUGCAGGUGCCAUCUUGUUGGAUGGAGACUUUCGCAUUGGGUGCACCAUAACAGUACCCGACACGCUGGUUACCCACUGGUUGAGGCAUGUGGGCGAACAGAUCAUUUCUCAGAUUGAGCUUUGGGCCCUCGUUGCAAUCAGGUGGCAUUUCCGUGAACGACUGGAAGGUCGCAGGUUAAUCUCUGGGUCGAUAACGAAGCGCAAUAAAGGCUUCGAGCACGUCGCCCACCAUGAGGGCUCUAACUAG